AUGAGUCAACGAUAUUCCAAUCAGAAAAUUUUAUUAAUUGUAGCGGGUAAAACAAAAAGGCAAUUCAGCGCUGGACGACAGGGGGAUUAUCGUUCCUCCAACUGCCGCGCCGUCCCGUCCCUUGCAACUUCUUUUGGCUCAGAGUGCCUGGUCUGUGACCAAUUGAGAAAGCCUUCUAGAGCAGUUUUGUUGGAGUGGAUGGAAUUUCCCAAAGGAGAACAUGCAGAAUAUUAUAUUGUAAACUACCAGCUCACAGAUGCUUUCAAUCAAAAAAAUAUAAAGAACGUUUCUGAAGUUGAGCAGAAGCCUAUCAGUACUACAGUUCUUCUGGAGGAAAAUAAGCAUUAUGACAUUUCAGUAGAAUCCCUAAAAAAUGGACAAAUUCUAAGUGUAAAGUCAUUUAAGACACUACCUCUGAUACCAGAAAACUCCAUAUUCGCUGUUUCUGAUGUCAAGACAACUGAAGUUGCAUUUAUAUGGAGUUAUAUGGAUAUCUGGCUGAAGUCAGGCUUUGCACUCAUAAUCAAGUACUAUUUUGAUCAUUUGAAACCGCUCAGUCUGAGCUUGCCUGUGAAUACAACUCAAGCAAAAAUUGUGCAGUUGUGUCCUGGUCUUUGCUAUAGGUUUUUAUUAGUGGCAAGGAACCCGGAAGGGGCACAGGCUGUCUUAAGUCCAAUUCUGAAGGUAGAAACAACUGCCAGUCCACCUACAGCUGUUUUUAUUCAGCCUGAGGAUGUGCAAGAAGAGAGUUUAAUCCUUCACUGGAAGCUGUCACAAGCGGGUCAGGAGUCCUACAUUCAGGUGAAACCUAGUGCAGAUGUUGGUGAAACUAAAAAGUUUCUAGUAAGCAAUACAGAAGAAUUUAAGAUUGAUCUUCUAAUUCCUGGAAUGACUUAUGAAAUAGCAGUGGCAAGUGUGAAUAAUGGAAAUAUGAGUGAACUCAAGACCAUUCCGUGCACUUUAAAGCCCAAGCCUGUUCAAAUUGUAGUUCCUUACAUGCUUUAUAGUAAUUCCGUGGUACUGUUUAUUCGCACGCCUGAUACUGGAGUAUUUGAUGGCAUAUAUGUUACAACAAAUGGCGGACCUAACACAACAUUCAGUUUGAAAAGUGAUGGCAAAAUAACAGUUGAAAACCUUACUCCAGGAACAGAGUAUAGUUUCAGUGUCUUCACAAAAAGCAGAGAAAUGUUGAGCUCGUCUUACCAUGUAACUGGUGUAAAAACAUGUUUAGCAGCACCACUCAAUAUACGGGAAGGCAAUGUGACAGACACUUCAAUACAGAUUGCUUGGGACCGUGCAGAAGGAGAUUUUCAGCAGUAUGAAGUCACAUGUACAAACUGUGCAAGUGCUUUCAGAGUCCAGAAGGUCAAGCAAGAAACAGCAACAUUUUCCAACCUGAUUCCUGGUGAGCUGUACAGCUUUACAGUUCGAACAGAAAAGGAAAGUUUCAGAGAUAGUGUUCUCGUUGCAAAGGAAAUAGAGACAGUACCAAGUGCAGUUAAGUAUCUGAACUAUAGUAGAGACACUGAAUCAAUAACUGUUACCUGGCCAGCAGCCCAAAAUAAAUUUGACGGAUAUGUUCUUUCAAUAAGGAGCAAGAUCUUCAACAAAGAGAAGAUGUUACCUUCUGGUGUAAGAAUGUACAAACUUGAGAAUCUUCUGCCAGGCACUGAUUUCUUAGUUAGCAUUGUGACAACCAGUGGACUAAAAAGAAGUCACCCCAACUUUCUCAAGAUUAGCACCUGUCCUGAUCCACCAGCAGACUUGCAGGUGCUUGGGCAGGAAGAAAAUACAGUAUAUUUGUCAUGGAAACUACCAAGAGGAGGAUUUGAUAAGUUUCAGCUUUCAUAUUGUCCGAUGAAUAACGGAAAGCUGUUUACCAAAACUGUCUAUGAUAGCAGAGCUGUAGUGACAAAUCUGGUCCCUGGGAUGGAAUAUACAUUUCAGUUAAGGACAGUUAAAGGCUGGGAUUCCUCUGUGGCUGUGGAGAAAAAUGUCAUCACAAAACCAGCUGGGAUCUGCAAUUUGGCAUUGAAAAUGGUAAAUACUUCCUCUGCAACUUUAACAUGGAAUCCAACCAAGACUAACUUCACAUCUUAUAAAGCAUCUUUAUCAAACACCACCUUUAUAAGCAAGUUUACGAUUCCAGGAGCAGUAUCUAAAUUCAGUCUUACAAAUCUGACUGCUGGGGGUACUUAUAAUUUCACACUGCAAAGACUGCAAGACAAUAUUGAAGGAGCUCCUGCUUUCAUUGAAAUUGUAUCAGAACCUGCAAAACCGGAAGGACUUAAAUUCUUCAAUAUUUCAUCAAAUUCUUUUUCACUCUACUGGAGACUGCCAUAUGGACAUGUAGACAGAUUUCAUGUGGAUCUUAUUCCUGACCAUGGAUCUGUUGUUAUCUUAGAUCUUGGAGUUAGAGAGUAUCAAGUAUGUGCUUUUAUUACAGGACUUGCACGGCCAGUUUUUCCUUGUGCAGCGUACUGAUGAGGAAU